UCGGGAAGAUGGCGUUGUGCGUGCUACGGAACGCGGUUCGUGGAGCGGCGGCGCUGCCCAGGCUGAAGGCAUCCCUCAUGGCCAAUGUCUGCAAGCCUGGAUACAGCUCCUUGUCCAAUCACAAGUAUGUCCCUCGGAGAGCAGUGCUCUAUGUGCCUGGGAAUGAUGAAAAGAAAAUAAGGAAGAUCCCGUCCUUGAAAGUAGAUUGUGCUGUGCUGGACUGCGAGGAUGGUGUUGCAGAAAACAAAAAGAAUGAAGCUCGAUUGAGAAUAGCAAAAACUCUUGAAGACUUUGACCUGGGCACAACGGAAAAGUGUGUGAGAAUCAACUCUGUGUCUAGUGGUCUGGCUGAAGCCGACCUGGAGACAUUUCUACAGGCCAGAGUUCUUCCCUCUAGUCUGAUGCUACCAAAGGUAGAAGGCCCUGAAGAAAUCCAGUGGUUUUCAGACAAAUUUUCACUCCACUUAAAAGGCCGAAAACUUGAACAACCAAUGAAUUUAAUCCCCUUUGUGGAGACUGCAAUGGGUUUGCUCAAUUUUAAGGCAGUGUGUGAAGAAACACUAAAGAUCGGACCUCAAGUGGGUCUUUGCUUAGAUGCAGUCGUUUUCGGAGGAGAAGAUUUUCGAGCCAGCAUAGGUGCAACAAGCAACAAGGACACCCAAGAUAUCCUCUAUGCCCGACAGAAGAUUGUUGUCACGGCAAAGGCCUUUGGCCUACAAGCCAUAGAUCUUGUGUACAUUGACUUCCGAGAUGAAGAUGGACUUCUCAGACAGUCAAGAGAAGCAGCUGCCAUGGGCUUCACUGGUAAACAGGUGAUCCACCCUAACCAGAUUGCUGUGGUACAGGAACAGUUUACUCCAACCCCGGAAAAAAUUCAGUGGGCUGAAGAGCUGAUUGCUGCCUUCAAACAACACCAGCAGCUGGGAAAGGGAGCCUUUACUUUCCGAGGAAGUAUGAUCGACAUGCCAUUACUGAAGCAGGCCCAGAACAUUGUUACGCUUGCCACAUCCAUCAAGGAAAAAUGAUCUGUUAAAUGAGGCCCUCCUCAGGCGAAAGGGUAUUGAAGCCUCCGAGGAGCAACUUGUGCGUGCCAGAGGACGCCAAUGAAGUCUGAAACACCAGCGAGCGGAGAUUUUGUUUCUCUUCCCUCAUUAAAUCAUGAGCUUUUGUGCAGAGACUCUGAACCACUGUUCUUUUAAGAAAUUAGCAGAAUGGGAAGUUUAAAACUCCGCACCAACCUUUUCAUGACCUACUCAGCAGCGUAGCUGCUCCUCUUAGACAAACACCACAGGGGAAGACUGUUUUGUUUAUUUAAAUUUGUAAAUAGAAAAUAGUUGUUUUCCAUUUUCAUUUUCCCCCUCCUCCUGGGCCCU